CAGUCCCAUAAAAGUAAGUGAAAGGAAGGGGUAGCCAGAGUCCAUCUUCAGGAUUCUGCUCAUUCUCUAAGUCUUCCCUCUCUAGGCGAGAACAGAGAACAGUAGCCUUCUUCUCCAUCUCAGAGGCAGUCCCUCCACAAGAAGAUCCAAAAUACUUGAAGCAUAUCAAAGGAGCCACCAUGUCCCUGUCCUCCAGCUUAAAGGGUCUCCUCAUCGUCUGUGCCUUCGCCACUUUUGUUUUCAGUACUGUGGUAGAGAGUAUCACAUGUGUAAAGUGUGGUCCUGGUGCUGGUGAGUGUACCUCUACCUCAAGCACUUGUAUGAACGAUGUAAGCUGUUUCAGCAUCAAGAAACAAUUUAAUAGUACAACACCAGGGCAGACCAUCCUGCAGAAAGGCUGUUUAAGCUCGUGUCAACAACUGGCCUUCUCGGCAACACUGGGGGACAAGAUCACAUUUGGGUAUAGCCAUCAGUGCUGUGACACUGACAACUGUAACCAAGCGGACCUCCAAGUGGCUCGGAAGUCCUCAGAUCCCAAUGGCGUUGUCUGUCCUACCUGCUACGGUGAAAGUGAUUCUACCUGUAAACAGACUUCCCUCGCCUGUCAAGGGGAAGAGAAAAGCUGUGUUGUGUUUACAGGCUCAGGUAUCCAUAAUAACAGUCAAGUAUCAGUAUUUGGCAUGGGUUGUGCAACUGAAACUGCCUGCAACUUGAAGGAUGUGGAAGUGAUAAAUAAUGUAAAAAUCCGUACCUUCUGUACGAACCUCAGUAGUGGAAGCCCCCAGCUGACAUCCAUCAUCUCAUCAAUUCUGACUGCUCUCUUUCUGCUGAAAGUCUUGCUUUGAUCUCUUAGGCACUUCCAAACCCAUCUACAAACAUUUCCAAAUACUUCUAUAAACCUUUAAAAGUUGGAUACCUUGAAUGUCUUCCUCCCCAACACUGCCUACCCACAGCAUCAGAGAAUUAAAAAGCCGAUAUGUCCAGAA